AUGAUUUUUGAACGCACUCAAGAUAUAGAAAAUACAUUUAGAUUAUGUUCUUAGAAUUAAAAGACUAAUUAUCUAAAAGGAGUUAAUAACAAUAAUUCUGCUAAAUAUUUAAUUCAUUGUUCAGUUUUGAUUGAAGUUAUCCCAGAUUCCAGCUAAUCAACUUGA